AACACGCCGGCGAAGAUAGAAAAAUCAAAAUCACUUACGUUCUACACUUUAUUGUGUAGCGCAGGAACAUCAUCUGGUCGAAAAACAGCCAUAUGACGUCGUCCUGAACGUUGUCUGGCACGGCGCGGCUCUUUUCUUUUUGAAUCGUCUUCAAAAGGCGCCGAAACUUAUACCACAAGCACUUUCAUCACUUCUGUAGCGCUGUGGUAACGUCACCUACACAGAUGAAACGCGUUUUCGACAUCUGCGAGUCGGCUCAUAAGAGAGGCAGCUCAUACCAGUUGCACACGCUUUCGAUCGCGAUCGAGCGUGAUCAAAUUUCUCAUUCACGAUCGGUUCUACGCAGAUUGCACACUACAGGCAAUCGUGAUCACAAGAACCGAUCCCGAUCGGGCUCGAUCGCGGCUGAAACUGCUCCGGUACGACGCCCGUAUAAAAUUCCGAGGACUGGCCUAUUACGGCAGCGUCGGGCAUGAUGAUUCACGAGCACCUCAUCGUGUGCUUGGUCUUGUGGCGCUGGUGUUUCGCCUGCCACCAAAGCACAGGUCGAGCCUCAAUGCAGGCGAUCAGCGCUUCGUUGUUCAUCGCCUCCAUAGCCUCUGUGCUCUAGCGACACGAAACCAGCAGCGACUCCCGGCGUCUCCGUACGAUUCUGAAACUUAAACAACCUUUCCGAACCGCUGGAAGUGUACAUGCGGGCCACGUGACGUCGGCGCACAAGCUCCCACUUUCGUCGCGUACGCUCAAAAUGACUCCCGAGCUCAAGACCUCCAUGCCGCACGCGAAGCCUGCGCGUCUCCCCUCUCUAGAUGCACUGGACAGGCGCGCACGAUUAGCCGCGUGUGGUUGGGCCUUAAGUGAAGUUUCGAGUUGUAACCUGGCCAGCGCCUCCUUUGUUUGGAUGCCAGCCAGAUGCGGCCGAUCUGACCGUUUACUACCCUCUCCUAUCGUUCUUUCCUACUGUACCCCCUCGGCUAGCAUUCGCGCCUGCUUUAUGAUCGUGGGGGAGAGUACCAUCUGUGUGGCGCCUCACGACGGAAGUCAGAAGAAGACUGACAGUUGCGCGAUAACCUGACAGACGGAAGAACUACGCGUCUUCCGCUUCUCCACCGGAACAGCAGUGGCACGCGCUCAGACGCAUGUAUGACGCAACCAGUCGUCCCUAGAUGUACCAGAGGCUUUAGUCGUAUCAUCUUGGUAGCGUCGCAUCACGGCAACUCACUGAACUAAGGCGCACCAAUGGCUCCCAUUGGGGAGGAGCGAUUGCACUGGCAUUGAAAAAAUUGGCUGCGGCUUAGCUCGGCUAACCCUGGAUAUGCAAAGCGAAACCUUGAUUUAGCUUGCUUAACCUUUGAUUUAGCUGUAAUUAUUAUACUUAGGUACACAUCAUUGUUAAGCCAGGUAUGACGGCUGUGCCUAGGUCGGUGGCUAGACAUGACUGCGAUUAGGCUUGGAUAAACACGCGUCGUUCAACGGGGCAACGCCUGUUGCGGUAUCCGAGGGGUGGUCGGACGGCACUUGGCGACGGUGGCUCAAAGCCUCCCACUCCCUCGCACUGCUCAGAAAAAACGACCCGGCCUCGCUCUCAUCUUGUCCAGGCUCGCGAGCGCGGCGAUCCUCUUAGCAAGGCGCGCGGCGAGUCACUUGGUCAGGUGGCGACCCAGCUGCGGAGAGCGCAUGCGCCAAGCCGGCGGCAAGCUCGGCGCGAGUGACGUGAUGCGUUCCGAAGGCUAGGGCGAGCUGUGGUCAAAUGAACGUCAAGUUGGUGGCGACGGCGAAACACGCCUCGACGCGGUUAGUAAAGCUGUAGGUUUAAAAAUAUAGGCGAUGACCGGGCCUACUUUCAUCUGUCGAGCCUUCUUCACUCUUGUACAGCAUCCACCAACCUUCACUUCUGUGCGCCUAAUGAGCAAUCAUAUAACAUUAUUGCAGUAAAUAGGGUGCGUCCCUUUAGUACAGAAAGCAGCCGCUUCUUUGCCACCUUUCAACAUGGCUGUUUUACGUGCCACAAACGCAUCGCCCGCUGUCAAAAGCAGGAACACUGCACAGCCGUCACUGACAUGCAAGGUGUUUAUAGUGCAUAAUCUGAAGCACAGCGGUUUCAGUCUGUGAUGACGCAUUAGCAUGAAUCCACCGAAGACGCGAAAAAUAGCCCCACGUCGUCAUUCGUCCGUAGCAUCGUGUAGGGCGUUGCAUGCACGCUCAUUUCACACUUUUUACUUUUUCCAGUCCCACCUGACCACAACAGCUGCGAGAGCAAAACCUUGAUAACACAAUGGAACAAAACACGGAGGCUAACGCAAUCUUGUACACAUGAAGCCUUUGUCACGGCGCUAAACCCACGGUUCAACACGUGUGAGAGCACACAACCAUAACGAAGCCGCUACUGUGGCCCGAGAACAUUGCCGCUACAGCGAAAGUAAGAAAACGAAAAACACGUGACUUACUCCAUACUUGUCGUAGCGCGCACAGGCGGUGAGGCCUCUCCUUAGUUCUUUUCCUUCAUCCGUGCCUAUUCUCCUCUUGCCGCGUACCGCCAAAAAUUGUCUAGAACGCGAUCACACUCUUUAAUGCAGUCUUGCCCAGGCAGCAUUCGAGCACCCACUAAAAAUAUGUAUGCGGCACUGAUGCGGUGAUGUUCAGAGUUCUUCACAUCUGCUCAACGUAGAAAGCGGGUCAGAGAAGAAGAGGAAGCUGUUCGCAAUGGAGUCGGUGUUCGAGUUCGUGGCUCUCAGAAACCAGCCCGGUAUUCAAACGAUGGCCACCAUCUUUUUCACUUUCCAUAGCCUGUUCCUUAUGGGACAGAUGUUUGCCAUCAUGGGCAGUACAGACAUCAUGAUGCACUUGAAGUUGGCCUCCAUCGACACGUCAAUUCUAGAGAUUUGCUUGGUGCUCGUGCCGCGAAUGCUGAUGCUGUUCGCCACCAUCGUCGUGGACCUGGUGCUCGUUAUCGGCAUUGAAGACGAUUCGCAAUGGGCGAUGAAGCUCUUUGUCAGAUGGACAGCCUUAGAUGUACUCGUCGACUCCCUCAUCUGCAUAAGUGUCGUUGUGCUCAAGAGCAAUCGACUCAACGUUAAAAUACUUCUGGGCCUUCUUGGAGCCUAUACCACUUUCCUGGUUGCAAAGGGAGUCUGCGCCUACCGGGUCCGCAAGUACGCUCGAACAAGAUUAGCGGGAUCGUCGCCGAAGGUAGAAGAAGAGCACGAGGAACACCAAGGCGACGAGAUGGAAGCGACGACCAGCUUCAUCAAAAGCGUCCCUGCAUCCGACUCCACGGCCACGUCGCCGUCAGAGCCACUGCACCGUCGGUCUGUCAAGGGACGCGAACACGAGCUUGAAGGCUCCGUAGAUUUCGACGACGUGCACUGAGCGCUACUGGCACGCUCACUGCUCUAGGCACAGUAAAUACUGUUCGAAGUUGAUGUGAAUGCAAUGAAAUGGAUUAUGAAUGCAAUGAAAAAAUCAGCUUGAGGUCAAAGUAAUUUCUACUGCCGUGGUUCAGGAAGUUCCGAACCACGUUUGUGAGCAAUAAACGGUGAC